AUGCUGUGUCCAGUUAACUUUAUUUUGCCUUAUGAACUACGUUUGUGUGAUAUAGUAGCAGCUUAUAAAUCAGAUUAUAAAAAAUUAAUAGAAAAAAAUUUUGAAAAAAAUAAAAAAAAAUAUUCUACGAAAGAUUGCACGUAUGCAGAUGACGAAAAAUUGAAAAAAAUAUUUUUGGAAUUUCAAGAAGAAAUUUGGGAAGCUAAUUUUAUUGUUUUCUUUAAAUUUUUUAUAAAUCAAAAGGGAGAGUCUUUUCAAAAAAUUUUGCGGUACGUUUUAUUCUAA